CCCGAGGACGGGAGCGCGGAGACCGGGAGCGCGCGAGCUGACGCCGCGCCCCGGGCCGAGGGGGAGGAGCCGCGGGAGGAGGAGGAGGAGCCGCCGAGCCGCUGCGGGAGGACCACUGUUUGCCUGGGCUGCGGAAGACUGACCGGCCCCACACCUGCCGCCCGGCACCCCCGACCGCCAGCAUGAUCGCCGCGCAGCUCCUGGCCUAUUACUUCACCGAGCUCAAGGAUGACCAAGUCAAAAAGAUUGACAAGUAUCUGUUUGCCAUGCGGCUCUCCGAUGAAACUCUGAUAGAUAUUAUGAUGCGCUUCAAGAGGGAAAUGCAGAAUGGCCUCUCCCGAGAUUUUAAUCCGACAGCCACGGUGAAGAUGUUGCCAACCUUUGUAAGGUCCAUUCCUGAUGGUUCAGAAAAGGGAGAUUUCAUAGCCCUGGAUCUUGGCGGGUCUUCUUUUCGAAUUCUGCGGGUACAAGUGAAUCACGAGAAGAACCAGAAUGUUCACAUGGAGUCAGAGGCUUAUGACACCCCAGAGAAUAUUGUUCAUGGCAGUGGAAGCCAGCUCUUUGAUCAUGUCGCUGAGUGCCUGGGGGACUUCAUGGAGAAAAGGAAGAUCAAGGACAAGAAAUUGCCUGUGGGAUUCACGUUUUCCUUCCCUUGCCAGCAGUCCAAAAUAGACGAGGCAGUCCUGAUCACAUGGACCAAGCGGUUUAAAGCCAGUGGUGUGGAAGGGGCAGAUGUGGUCAAACUCCUGGACAAAGCCAUCAAGAAGCGAGGGGACUAUGAUGCCAACAUUGUAGCUGUGGUGAACGACACGGUGGGGACCAUGAUGACCUGUGGCUAUGAUGACCAGCACUGUGAAGUCGGACUGAUCAUUGGGACUGGCACCAACGCUUGCUACAUGGAGGAACUGAGGCACAUCGACCUGGUGGAAGGUGACGAGGGGAGGAUGUGCAUCAACACCGAGUGGGGGGCCUUUGGGGAUGACGGGUCCCUGGAAGAUAUCCGCACCGAGUUUGACAGAGAGCUGGACCGGGGGUCCCUCAACCCUGGAAAGCAGCUGUUUGAGAAGAUGGUCAGCGGCAUGUACCUGGGGGAGCUGGUCCGCCUCAUCCUGGUCAAGAUGGCCAAAGAGGGCCUCUUAUUUGAAGGGCGGAUCACCCCGGAGCUGCUCACGAGGGGGAAGUUUAACACCAGUGAUGUGUCAGCCAUAGAAAAGAAUAAGGAAGGCCUCCACAAUGCCAAAGAGAUCCUGACCCGCCUGGGAGUGGAACCAUCUGAUGACGACUGUAUUUCAGUCCAGCAUGUAUGCACCAUUGUCACGUUUCGCUCGGCCAACCUGGUGGCUGCUACACUGAGUGCCAUCCUGAAUCGUCUUCGUGAUAACAAAGGCACGCCCAGGCUGCGGACCACGGUUGGUGUGGACGGCUCUCUUUACAAGACGCACCCACAGUAUGCCCGGCGUUUCCACAAGACCCUGAGGCGCCUGGUGCCCGACACCGAUGUGCGCUUCCUCCUCUCGGAGAGUGGCAGUGGCAAGGGGGCCGCUAUGGUGACCGCGGUGGCCUACCGUCUGGCUGAGCAGCAUCGGCAGAUAGAGGAGACCCUGGCCCACUUCCACCUCACCAAGCAGAUGCUUUUGGAGGUGAAGAGGAGGAUGCGGGAGGAGAUGGAGACAGGGCUGAGGAAGGCGACAAACGAUAAGGCUGUGGUCAAGAUGCUGCCUUCCUUUGUCCGGAGCACGCCAGACGGGACUGAGCAUGGUGACUUCUUGGCCCUGGAUCUUGGAGGAACGAAUUUCCGUGUCCUGCUGGUGAAAAUUCGUAGUGGGAAAAAGAGAACGGUGGAAAUGCACAACAAGAUCUAUGCCAUUCCCAUUGAGAUCAUGCAGGGUACUGGGGAAGAGCUUUUUGACCACAUCGUCUCCUGCAUCUCCGACUUCCUGGACUACAUGGGGAUAAAAGGCCCCCGAAUGCCUUUGGGCUUUACUUUCUCAUUUCCCUGCAAGCAGACAAGUCUGGAUGCGGGAAUCCUGGUUACCUGGACCAAGGGUUUUAAGGCAACUGACUGUGUGGGUCACGAUGUAGCCACCUUACUGAGAGAUGCAAUAAAAAGGAGAGAGGAAUUUGACCUGGAUGUGGUGGCUAUGGUCAAUGACACAGUGGGCACUAUGAUGACCUGUGCUUAUGAGGAGCCCUCGUGUGAGAUUGGACUUAUCGUAGGGACGGGUUGCAAUGCCUGCUACAUGGAGGAAAUGAAGAACAUUGAGAUGGUGGAGGGGGACCAGGGACAAAUGUGCAUCAACAUGGAGUGGGGUGCCUUUGGAGACAAUGGGUGUCUGGAUGAUAUCAGAACUGAAUAUGACAGAUUGGUGGAUGAAUUCUCUCUAAACGCUGGGAAGCAAAGGUAUGAGAAGAUGAUCAGUGGUAUGUACCUGGGUGAAAUCGUCCGCAACAUUCUCAUCGACUUCACCAAAAAGGGAUUCCUCUUCCGAGGGCAGAUCUCUGAACCACUCAAGACCCGGGGCAUCUUUGAGACCAAGUUUCUCUCUCAGAUUGAGAGUGACCGAUUAGCGCUGCUCCAGGUCCGGACCAUCCUCCAGCAGUUGGGUUUGAACAGCACAUGUGACGACAGCAUCCUGGUCAAGACUGUGUGUGGGGUGGUGUCCAAGAGGGCUGCACAGCUGUGUGGCGCAGGCAUGGCUGCAGUGGUGGACAAGAUCCGAGAGAACAGAGGGCUGGACCAUCUGAAUGUGACCGUGGGAGUGGACGGGACGCUCUACAAGCUUCAUCCACACUUCUCCAGAAUCAUGCACCAAACCGUGAAGGAGCUGUCACCAAAGUGUAACGUGUCCUUUCUCCUGUCUGAGGACGGUAGUGGCAAGGGGGCUGCCCUCAUCACAGCCGUGGGUGUGCGGCUCCGAGAAGCGAGCAGUUAAGAGCCAGGACCCCCAACCUGCUGCCCUUCCAGCACUUCUCUCUAAAAGCAACGACCCCUUGUUCCACCCAGCGAGCCAUGCUGGGAGACCCCAGCGCCAAAGCCCACAACGCUGCAGCGGGAGGAAAACAGAACCCAACUAAUGGCGCAUAACGUAGGGUACAACAUAGAGCGUGUGCUGUUGAUAAUCUCUCUCACCUGCCCUGCCACUCUGCAUGAUUUGAUUUCCACCCGGCCGUGCAUUCCCCACAUGUGAAGUGUCUCGGCACCCAUUCCUACCACAGGCACCCCGACAGGCCUUCUGGGCCUCCGAAGCCCGUCCUUGGGGGCGCCUCCCUUGUGUGAAGUGUAUUAUCACCAGCAGACACUGCCGGACUCCCCCUCCCAGGGGCAUGGCCUGAAGGAUGAGUGAGGAAAUAGCCUUCCUGCCUCCUCCUGUCCCAGUGCCCACUGCAGCCUGGCAUCCCAUCAGGAUGUGGCAAUGCCACUAAGUUGUGUGUCGGUGGAACCGGUCCUAGCCACAUUGUGACAGUCUUGCAUUCUGUUUGUCUCAUGGGGGGAGGUGUGCAGUCCUGCGGGAAAAUGUCUUGUCUCCAUCUGGGUAACAGGAACCAACAGUGCUACCACUGGAAUUUCCCAUCGCUUUUGUGAGCCAUGUUGUAUGACUAGUAAACUUUGUACCAACUCAAAGUCCCGACUGAUGUUUCUGGACUGGGGAGAGGGGAGGAAUGUGGACCUCUGGCUAAGGGAGAGAGUUAAAAGUAAAAUUAUGACCUGCAGCCCCUAGCCUUGGUUUGGCACAAGGACUUCUGUAUUGUCCCUGCAAACUAUCACAGGCCUAGCCUCUUGCCUGGACUCCCACACCUGCCCUGCCAGUUCCUCUCUAGUCCCAGCGUCCCAAGUCCCAACCCCAAGGCCUGGAAAGAACACAAGCCCCUGCCCUCCAGCAACCCAUUCUCCUCUCUUGCUAAAACAAAGGAAAAGUGAUCUUGGCCUCCAUGGGUUGUUUGGGUUUAAAGAGAAGACAGUGCAGCGUGGCCUUCCCCACCACCCCAAGCAGACCCUGCCUCAUUGGGGGAUGAAAUACAACCCCUGCUCCAACACCCAGAG